AUGUCAAAAAGUGGUGAUGUGUCGCAAGUGGAACUUCUGUUAAUAAAUCGAACACUACUUGCUAUCGUUGGAGCUUUACUACCCGGUAUUGGAUGUUGUAUGUGCAUUGUGUAUAUUUAUGUUUUCGAAUUUCAUCGAGUCGAGAAGUCCGUCGUUCCCGUUUGUGACAAUACUCGCAAUGUAUUGCCACCAAUAAGUUAUAUCAUUGGUAUAUGGGAACCUACACGAACGGCAUGGCUUUGUAUGAUGUUUAUUAAUUUUCCUGCUAGAAUAAUGUAUCCUUUCUUCUACAAUUGCCUUUAUAAAAGGAGCAACUCAAGUUAUGCAAAUUCUUGGUGGUAUAAAAUGUUGAAUCAAUUGCUCAUGCAUACAUUGCUUUUGGAGGCACUUGCGCUUGUAAUAAUAACAAUAUUCGAUGUUGUUUCGAGCUUUUAUAUCCAUGCAACGGCAUUUGGAAUAUGGCUCAUAACACUUUGUUUUAAUAUGCUUAUUUUAAUUCUGCUUUGCUACUUUUCCGGUGAGAGGGAAAGUUCAAAAGCUUCAAGUUGGUUAUUUCACUUAAAACUGAUGCUAUUCGCUACAACAGUUGUAUUAUCAUUGUCAAUGUCUUGUACUUACCUCUAUGCAGUUGCUAAAUGUCACCAAUUCAUAUACGCAUUGUUCUCAAUAAGUGAAUAUAUAUUGGUGCCAAUUAAUUCGCUGUUCUAUUUUUUUAUUUAUUGGGAUUGCUCCAAUAUAUCCAUCAGAUUAAUGGGUAACUAA